AUCAAAAGUGCCAUCAUCAAGUUAAAAACAAUAAUCUAUUUCUCGAGAGGAAGUCUUAAUUUUUGCUGUUUUCAUUAAGAAAUUCAAUGCUUCAAGUGCAUAGAUACAUAGAUUAUUAUUCAAGGACUUCGUAUAUUGGCCGUAUUACAUUUAAAUGUAUGUAUAGAGAGAAUCAUGAUGACAGUGCAUUUUGAACGUCUGCAUCGCGAAACCAGUAUCUCUCCUUACUCCUACCACUACCGCCACACCAAUACGGACUUUGACCUAACGGCUGAAUCCGCAUACUCACACUCGACUUGUUGCUUGUUGCCGCCGCACUUGCCGGGACUUAUUUAUCGCGAGUAGACGUAGUCGGUUCUGAAAUUGUUCGAUCUUGAAGUAGAUAUAAUCUACAACCAUGACUACUAUCACUAAAGGAAUUUUCAUUGUUGCUGCCAAGCGCACACCCUUUGGAAAAAUGGGUGGAGCUUUUACUGGUAAAAGUAUAACAGAGUUAUCAGUGGUUGCAUCUAACGCAGCCAUUCAAGCUGCCAAUCUGAAGCCUGAACAAAUUGAUAACGUGGUAUUUGGAAAUGUUCUGCCUUUGUCAUCUUCUGAUGGUGCGUUCAUGCCCAGACACGUAUUAUUAAAGUGUGGAAUUCCUCUUGAGAAGCCAGCUUUAGGUGUCAAUCGGCUGUGUGGUUCUGGUUUCCAGGCAAUCGUCAGUGGUGCUCAAAGCAUUCUGACUGGAGAAGCAAAGGUUGUGCUAACUGGAGGUGCUGAGAAUAUGAGCCAGAUGCCAUUUGUGGUACGCAAUGUUCGUUUUGGAACAGUUUUGGGGCAAAAACAUGAGUUUGAAGAUUCCCUCUGGCUAGGAUUACUUGACACGCACUGUGGUAUGCCUAUGGGCAUGACAGCUGAAAAGCUUGGAGCUCAAUUUGGAGUCACCAGGAAAGAAGUUGAUGAGUUUGCUUUAAGAAGCCAACACACAUGGAAAGCUGCCAACGAUGCAGGCUAUUUCAAAGCUGAAAUAGCACCUGUAACUUUGAAAUCAAAGAAGGGAGAAGUAUCUGUAACCGUGGAUGAGCAUCCAAGACCUCAAACAAAAAUUGAAGAUCUUUCAAAACUUCCUUCAAUCUUCAAGAAAGAUGGAUUAGUCACUGCAGGAACAGCAUCUGGAGUCUGUGAUGGAGCUGGAGUAGUCAUUCUUGCCAGUGAAGAUGCUGUUAAAGCUAAUGGACUCAAGCCAAUAGCACGUUUGGUUGGUUACAGUACUGUUGGUGUUGAUCCAACUAUUAUGGGAAUUGGACCGUCUCCAGCCAUUAAAAAUUUAUUGAAGGCUGCUGGAAAAUCGUUAAACGAUAUGGAAUUGGUUGAGAUUAAUGAAGCCUUUGGAGCUCAGACACUUGCUUGUGCUAAAGAUCUAAAUCUUGAUAUCAACAAGCUUAAUGUAAAUGGUGGUGCUAUUGCUGUUGGACAUCCUCUUGGAGCUUCUGGAUCUCGCAUUACUGGUCAUUUAGUUCAUGAACUGAGGAGAAGAAACGCUGGCAAGUUUGCUAUUGGGUCAGCUUGCAUUGGAGGAGGGCAAGGUAUUGCUGUUAUGGUUGAAGCUCUUUAAAUCUGUUCCAUAACAGAUCUUUUUAAAAAAGUCUUUAAUCAUUAAGAGUCAAAAUGUUGACAUAAAAGUUUAUACAUUUAAUAAAAGCUAUUUAAAAUCUCAUUAACUUGAGAUCAAUCAAUGCAAUGAUAAAUCUUGUGAUAAAUUGAAAAAUUUUGGCAAACAUUUUUAUAAUAUGAAAAAAUUGUACAAAAUAAUGUUAGUCAUUAAGUUAUAUAUAUUUUUUAUACAUACUUGUUACAGAAACUCAAAUAUUUUGAUCAAAUUUAUAAAAAUAUUAAACACGUAUAUAAAAAAAUGUUUUUAAUGGUUUUUAUUAAAAAUCUUACGAAUAAACUACUUACUUAUAUA